UUUCAGUCUUUUAACAUGAACUGCACUACAAUCACUGAAUUAAGUCCCACUAUGAGUGAUAAAUUUGAAAGACUUAUGUCAGGAUCAAAGAAUGGACAUACAUGUUCAGCAACAAUUAUUAUUGAGGAAACUCCAAAUUCAAGACGAAUUAAAAAUGUUAACACAACACCCUUUGAAUCAGAGACUAAUAAAGAAGCUAAAACUCCUAAGAAAAGUUUAAACAACAACACUGUAUUAGGAGUAAAAACAUUAAACUUUUAUGGCAGUAAUCAGAUAUCAAUAGAAGAUCUCCGUAUUAGAAGAUUUACUCGCUUAAAUUAUAAUCCAAAGGUAAAAGCUAAACUAUUCAAAGAUACAAAAUCAACAAGUAAGAAAAGACCAAGAUCAACUAGUCAUGAAAAAAAAUCUAAGGUAAAUUUGUUUCCGGGUGUUACAUUACCAUUUAAAAAGAAGCCUACAAUUAAAAAAAAUAUCAUCAAAAUUGAAGUAUGUGAAGAAAAAGUUAAGAAAAACUAUUUUGAUACUUCUAAAUCAUCUUCAAAAAACGUAUGGACAGAAUAUAUUAAACAGGAAAAACCUGAACGUAUAAAAAUUGAAGAUUCUGAUAACAGAAAAUUUUUCAAAUCAAAAGUAAUUCAUAAUGACAUACCAAUCAAAAAAGAUAAUAGCUUUAAUUUUAAAGUUGUUAACUGGGGUGAUGAAAAUAUGAUGAGCACAGUCAAUUAUUCAGAUUUCAAUAACACAGAAAUACUUGAUGAUGGAACAAUAGAACAAAUUGGACAAGAAGUUAAUGAAUUAAUUGAUUUGUUGGAUGAUGAUGAUAAUGAUUCGACAGCUGUACGCUACCCUGGUCUCUCGUCAAAUUCUACAAAAAGAAAUCAUGAAGAUCAAGAUGAUGAAGAUUCAUGUGAAGGGCUAGAUUCUAAACGUUUGAAGUCAGAUAUACAAAGCCAAAAUACUAUUUUAAGAUGUCAAAUGCCAGAUUUGAUUAAAGAUGCUUAUGCUAUUGAUGGAAAUUAUCACUCAGCUUAUUCAUCUCAAAAAAAUGUAUCAAGUACAUUUGAAUUUAAUAAUAUGGUCAUAGAUGAAUCAAAUACUUCAUAUGAUACUUCUGUAACCUUAAAUGAAUCACCACAAACAAAAUUGUUCCCUAUUUUUACCAAUCAGACACCUUCACCAAGUCAAGUUGCAUGUGGAAAACCUACAGCACGAAGAAUUAAAAGAAUUAUUGAUGCUACUCAGUAUCAAAUUGAUGCUGGUCAAAAGAAAUUUGGUGGUUUUUUGUGCCAACAAUGUGGUCUAUAUUAUUCAAGAGGUGAACCAGAAGAUGAAGCGGAACAUGAUAAAUACCAUGCAGCCAAGGAUAUUUUUAAGUAUAAUAGUUUUAAAAAUGAAAAAGUUCUUUAUCAAGACACUGCUGAACGUAUUGUUGUUAUAUCGGGCUCAGAUUCUAAAAUGGCAUGUACAAAAGCUUUAGAAGUUAUAUCAUUUGUUGAUGUAGAACUUGGCUUUAACACACAAAAUUCUGUUUUGCCUACGACUAAAAAGGUUUAUUUGUAUAUUAAAGAUAAACAAGUGAUUGGAUGUCUAGUAGUAGAACUAAUAUCUGAGGCUUAUCGUAAUCUAGAAACUGAAACAGAAGACAUGGUUAUUGUUUCUGAAGAAUCGUAUCCUGUUAAAGUUGGUGUUAAUCGUAUAUGGACUAAAUGGGAUUGUCGUAAAAAUGGAAUUGCUUCAAAACUUCUAGACUGUUUCCGUAAAAACUACGCGUAUGGACAUAUAUUGACACUUCAUGAAAUAGCAUUUACAGUACCCACACGUGCCGGAAAACAAUUCAUUAAAAAGUAUACAAAUAAAAAUGAUUAUUUUGUUUAUACUGGGUGGUAAUUUUAAUUCCUAAGUAUAAUAAGUAUUAACUACUAUUUUUACUGUUCAUAUAUAUUUUUUUUAUUGUUAAGAUUAGAUUAAGACCUAUUUCUAAAAUAAAUAUUUUUAUGAGAUUGUAAUAUUUAAUAAUGACUAAGUUUUUAAAUUUUAGAAACUUAUUUAAUUACCAAAUCAAUAGCUUUUCUUCAAAUAUACUAGUUUGAUGUUUUCAUAACUCAAUGACAAUUACAAUUCUAUUUUUAUACAUAUCUAAUUAUAAUAUUAUAAAUAAUGUUUGUUAAUGAAUCUCUCAAUCAAGAUAAUUUCAAAAUACUUUAGAAUUGUAUUAAAUUAUUUGUAUCAAAUAAGUCACAUUUAAGUUAAUAUAUUAAAAUUCAUCUAAAUGUAUACUAUUUUUGAAUUGUAAAAUGCAUAGUCAUAAUUUGAGCAACAUGUAUAGUUUAUUUACUUAAUUAGAGAUAGUAAUAGUUAUGUAUUUUCUAUUUUAUGCAUAAUGUUAAUUUUUAAAUUAUAUCAU